AUGAAUCGCGGCGCAUACUUCAAGGCAAAAUAUGGCAACAAAGGCUUUCGGGGCGGUGGCCGUGGCCAGAAACGAUCUUGGGAUCAGCAACAGCAACAAGAAGGCUUCCACCACAACAAAGGCAACAUUGAGGCAUUUCUCAGGUCGAUCGACGGACAAGGCUAUGGGCGUUAUCAAUCACUUGAAAACCAGGCGUUUACUCAUCCAUUAUACACGCUACGAUUCGACAAAGUGCAAAAGGAUCCAUUCGCGCCACCGAGUCGUAUGCGUAUCUUUGCUAAUCGAAGCAUUGCUGGCUUUCCUGCAGAUUUGUACGCCGAUAAAGAGACAUCCACAGCCACGAGCAAUUACGUGCUUCGGCGAAUGAGUGAGGAAUUGGAUAAAGUGCGCCGUUAUACAAAUGGUGGUGGAUUCCGUGAUAUGAAAGGUGGCGCGCUUGAUAUAUCAAAGCCUGGACAAGAGAUCUUGGAACAAAAUAGUAUCCUCAUCCAUGAAGGCAAUAUUGAGGCACGUCUUACAUUCGGUCUUCCUGGUCAUGGUCGAACCAUUGCAAGUGAGCGCGCUAUUGAGAUGCUGGUGCACAAACUUCCAGGCAUUGUCGAGAGAUCUUUACUGUAUCAAGCAUUGGAUCCUGACGACCUUCAAAACUUUGUCACAUGCUAUCGAGAUCAAGAAUCCUUGAGGAAGCAAUUGAAGGCGCAUGAUCUAGUGGCCUUCAUCCCUGAUGGUGCUAUCCUUCCUAGACAAUCGGGUGUUACGGAUUUGCCUAUGGAUGCCUCAAAAGCAGCUGCUUUCAGAUCACCAGAUUCACUCCGAACAUCAAUUACUUGUCAAUCGGGAAAGAAGAUCUCUGGAAUGGGUAUCAAACGUGGUGUGACAAUGAUCACGGGCGGUGGCUAUCACGGCAAGUCGACUUUGCUUUCUGCAAUUGAGCGAGGAAUCUACAAUCAUAUACCAGGUGAUGGCCGAGAAUAUCUUGUUUGUGAUCCAAGCUUGACACGCAUCCGAGCUGAAGAUGGCCGCAGUGUUGAAGGAACCGAUAUCUCACCUUUCAUCAACAAUUUACCAUUUGGCAUCAAUACGAAGAAAUUUUCAACAGCCAACGCAAGUGGUAGCACAUCGAUGGCUGCCAAUGUACAAGAGAUGGUCGAGGUUGGUGCGCGAGCCAUGAUUUAUGACGAAGACACUUGUGCCACCAAUUUCAUGAUCCGUGACGAACGCAUGCAGAAGAUUGUACCAAAACGCAAUGAGCCGAUCACACCUCUUAUCUACAAGAUCCGCAAGCUUCAUGAAGAAAAGGAUAUUUCGACCAUCCUCGUUGUUGGCAGCUGUGGUGAUUAUGUGGAUGUCUCUGACAACAUUAUUGAAAUGCGCAAUUACGAGCCAAUUGAUAUCACCGAUCAUGCAAAAAAGAUUGCUGCUCAAUAUCCAAGAAAGCUUGUCAAUGAAGGGGGAGAUUCAUAUGGCAGCGUCAGCCAACGAAGACUGAUGAUCCCUGCUUAUACCAUCGAAAAGAGGUCUAUCAAGACAAUGCACCUUGUCCAUUUCGGCAAUCAAUAUGAGCUAUCGCUCUCUUCAUUGGAAAAUUUGACUCAAAAGCAUCAAACCCAGUGGAUUGCAGCAGCCAUUGCUUAUUUGAAGGCUAGUCAGCAAACGAAGGAAGAUAUCAAGACGUUGAAUCAGAUGCUUGACGUAUUGGAAAAGUCAUUGGAUGGUCUUGUGGUAUCAGGAACCAAACCAAACACUCUCAGAUCCCCCUUGGACGUUGUGUUGCAACCUCAUGAAACAGUGCAUGGUGGUUUUGCAAGACCUACACGCUAUCAACUAGCCCAAGCCAUUAAUCGUCUUAGAGAUGUAAAAGUGAUGGAAUAA